GUGCCAUAGCAACUUUCAUCGGCACUCCCCCCAGCGCAAUGGAGAAGCCAUCCACUGCUACCGAGGCCACACAGACGCCAUCUAACGCCAAGGCGGCGCUGGAACCUUCGUUUUACAGCAAGGCGCUGACGUUGGUCAAGCAUCAAGCGCCAGUCAUGCUGUUUAACAUCGCGCUCCCGGUGGCGAUCUACAAUCUGGCCAAGCAGUACACGAGUGAAAUCGUUGCAGUGUUCCUUUCGGGCGUGAUCCCUAUGCUCAAAACGUUGGUGACGUUCGUGUGUCUCAAGCAGCAAGACGCGAUUUCCGUCAUCCAAGUCGUCGGAGUCCUCGUGACAGUGGCGAUCACGAUUUUCGCGACGGAUCCAAAGACGCUGCUUGUGUUUCAAGUAGGCUCGGCGGCACCCAUCGGUGUGUUCAUGAUCCUGUCCGUGCACUGGCUCGAGGAAGACUUGUUCUAUCAGUUCCGACGAACGAUGUCGGUCAAAACGUCGGAAGAGCUCGAUUUGCACUACGAAAAACCCAUUGUGCGCGACACGUCACGCUUCGUCACUGUCUUGAUGGGCGGCAUCAUGAUCACGACAUCCAUCAUCAAUAUCUUCCUCGUGCUUACCUUCUCUGUCGACACAAUCAUCUACAUGAGCAACAUCAUGCCGCUUGUCAACAUCCCGUUCAUGUAUUGGCUCUACCGAUACGUGAACGACAAAGAGGCGCAAGCGGACAUGGCGAACGAAGUGACUCCGCUUGUCCAGCCCGCCGCCGAUUCGACAGUCGACGUCGUCGUCGUUAAGUAAAAACGUUGGACUUGAUCGGGUAAUGCGCAACUCGAUUGCCAUCGUGCCUGUGCUCGUUGCAUCGAUUGCUCAACUCGUGUGUCAUGGCAUGUUACGAUCCGCCUCCGACGAAAAGCCC